AUGUCAGCACCUCACACCACGCUCAGCGCCGCGGCAGACGAUCGCAAAGCGCGCCUUGCAAAACUCAAGUCCCUAAAGCGCAAGCAACCCGAGGACGAGAUUGCACCGCCCGAGUCAGAUCGCAUAGCGUCCCCAGCGCCGCAGGCCGCUGAGGCCCUUGGCGUAGAUGCAGAGAGCGACAAAGACGAAGAUGUCUCGAGAAAAUACCUGUCCGGGCGCAACUACGAUGCAGAGACCAAGGGACCCAAGCUGGGGUUCGAGGCGCCGCCGACGCUAGGGCCCGAGGACCAGACGCUUGAGGAACAGGCGGCUGAGCUCGAGGCCGAGGUGCGAAGGAAGGCGGCCGAGGACGCCGCGGACGACCGCGGCAUUGACCUCUUCAAGUUGCAGCCCAAGAAGCCCAACUGGGACCUGAAGAGAGAGCUGGACAAGAAGCUGGAGAUCCUGAACGUCAGGACCGACAACGCCAUCGCGAGGCUCGUAAGGGAGAGGCUUCAAGAGAAGAAGGUCGAGGCGCAAAACAAGGAUGGGAGGCUUGCAGAUGGAGAGGCCGUCGCUGCUGGUCUCGAGGGUGGAGAGCUGGAGGAGAUCGUGAGGUUGAGGGAGAAAGAGGAAGAGGCCGAGGAGCAGAGAGAACGAAAGGCCAUCGAGGCGGAAUGA